CGCACUGGCUUUUGCAGAAAUGUUCCUUGCAUCCUAGGGAGCCCGGAUGCGGUUAUUACAGUGGAGUCUGGAGACGCAGACCUUGACCUCACACCCAGAACUGGAACUGCAAGUCUCGGUUCUAUUAAGAAAAUACGGUUGUCGGAGAAGAAGAGCUCAUCAAGACCUGCUGCAAAUUAAACUCGGCGGUUGAACUCAAGAUGGCGUCCUUCUGGGAUGUGCUGGGGAAGGUGACGGGCGUGAUGCAGCUGACCGGCGUCGACGCGUUCGGGAUGGUGUCGAUGAUCGUCCAGGCGGCGCGCACGGCGCGGCGCAACAGGGAUCUGUGCCAGCAGCUGGCGAAGAAGGUCGAGAUCGUCAGCGGCCUGCUCGAGGAGCUGCAGAUCCCGGAGCUGCGGCGGCACCGGAAGACGCGCCGGCCGCUGGACGAGCUGCGCACGGCGCUCUUCCGUGGAUACGUGCUCGUGUGGUCUUGCAGCCAGCAACAGAGCACAAGCCAAUUCCGCCAACUGUUCAUGGCCGCCGACAUGGCAUCCAUGCUUCGCCAGGCCAAAGACGAGAUCGACAGCUACAUCAUCCUCAUCCCCUUGAUCACCACUGUCGCCUCCGUCAGAUCCCGGGACGACGUGACCAAUGACCCAGCCCCAGCCCAAAGACCUCAAUUAUCCAUUCAAGAUGACAGCGAUUCGCCUCCGUCAUCCAUUCAAGCAGUUACCAAUUCGCUUGCACUUGAGGAGGGAUUGCCACAGCCGAAUCAUAUUUUUGCCCGAAACGAAGAGCCAACACAGAGUCAAUUGAGUCACGCCUCAGCUAACAACUGGGCUCAAGAACACUUGGAGGAGCUGGUGUUAAUGAUGGUGCACAGCGCAGACACCGCACGCCACAACAGGGACCAGUGCCAGCAGCUGGCGCAUCAAGCCCUUAUCGUCGGAAAUCUGCUCCAGAGGCCGCUGGGGACGCAGAGGUCCCUCGAGCAGCUGGAAGACAUACUUUUCCGUGGAUACAUGCUCAUAUGUUUCUGCAGCCAGUACACCAGAAGCCAACUCCACCUGAUGUUCACAGGAGCCGAUGUGGCCUCUGUGUUUCGGCAAGCGCAUGAGGAGAUCAGACGCCAAAUCUAUCACCUGACCGGCGUUGUUCCGGCUCAGGUUGCAGAUGCCGACGUGACCACCAAUAAUCCCGUCCGAGAGGAAAAGGUUGUCAGAAAUUGA